AUGCCUCGCAUAAAAGCCCCUUCAAACCUUCCUGAACUCGUCAAGACUACUUUUACAAAGGCCAGAUCAGAGGGAGAUUUGCACUACUUCCCCACCCAAGUUGCCGUUCUCAAUGUCGACUCUAUCCCAUUUCAACUACGCUUCUCCCCAUCCCUGGCCAACAAACCCAAGCCUCCGCCGAAAGACAUCUCCAAGCCUCAAAAGCCAUUUGAUCCUUUCGAGAGCCCCCUACCUGCCCUCAAAGUCUCAGAUCUUGGCCCCUCUCACUACUGUGUCUUGAACAAGUUCGCUAUUGUACCCGAGCACUUCAUCCUUGCCACCAAAGACUUCAAGCCCCAGACUCACGUUCUUGAAGAGUCUGAUCUAGAAGCUACACUGGCUUGCAUCGAGGCAUACGAAGCUGCUAGAAGAACUGAAGCCGAGCAAGGACACCGGGACGGAGCAUUGGGCGGCGGAGAUGGUCUUUACGCAUUCUUCAACUGCGGUGAUCACUCUGGCGCCAGCCAACCUCAUCGACACAUCCAGCUACUCCCAAUUGCAAGGAUGAAGGAUGGCUUCGAGAUCGACACCCCCUGGACUGUUCUAGCCGACCAGCUCAAGGUCAAAGUUGCACCUUUUACUACUUUUGCCGAAGACAUCAAUCUCAACAUGUCUGGCACCGAACUCCACGCUAUCUACCUCCGACUCUACCGCAAAGCUUGCAAAGCCGUUGCCUCUUAUACCAAAGACACCACCCACGAAGGUGAAGCGCCCACCGAGGGACCUACGCUGAUCAGUUACAACAUGGCAAUGACCAAGUCAACACUUGUGAUAUGUCCUCGUCUAGCCGAGGGAGUCAAGCUACAAAGUCAGGAUGGCGAUAUCUUGGGUACGGUGGCUUUCAACGGUACACUGCUUGCUGGUACGGCCUUGGUCAAGAAUGAGUUGGAAUGGGAGGCCUUGAAAAAGGAUCCUGACACGCUGCGCAAUAUACUUGGAAACAUUGGAGUGCCUAGUGUCUUUAAGUAG